AUGUCUCAGGUUGCCAACCACAAAACAUUGAUUUCAAAGCCUCGCUUCUUCAAGAUCCUAGGGCUCGUUACACCAGAGGUUAGUGUCGACCCUGAAUCGAUUCCAACAACCUAUAUGAUUGAAAUGUUCUUCCAUAUUGGGUACACCGGCGACAUCUCCUUGCUCUCCAAGUUCAGAAAGUUGUUUUUGCUGUCGAUUUGGAAUGGGUUAUUUACCCUUUUGUUCAAGAGCUUAUCUGAAAGGGUUACAGGAUCAAAUAUUCCUAUGAUGAACGACCUUCUCAUGGCUAAAAUUUUGAUACUUCAGAUGACUACACUUGUUAUGUCAGAUCCAAGGAACUUCAAGUAUGUUGGUUCUAUUCCUAAGGCUAUGUUGGAAAAGGAAGACAAAACUUUGAGAAAUGAAGAGGAGUACACUUCUCGCACUUCCGAACCAGAUCUUGUUGAUCCAAUUCGAAAGAUCUCCAUCUCACUAUCCUCACCCAUAUAUUCUGACUCAACCCUACCUACAAUCUUAGUUGUCUCAACUCCACCGGAAGUCCCUAUCUUCAAAUCCACUUCGGAGGAUCUACAAACUUUAAGCAUUGCUGUCAACGUAUAUGAUGAUGAGGCAACUACCAAUGUCGGUGUGACUUCCGAACCAGGGACAUCAACCGAUCUUCCUUUUAACGAGGAUGAAGAUAUAUUUUUUGGAGAUAAACAAGAACCCAUAUAG